AUGGCGACCUCGGUACUGCCCCACGCCGGCCGCAAGCCCGCGACUGUCCUCUCCGCCACGGAGCUCAUCGGCAACACGCCCCUCGUCCGGCUCAACAAGGUGCCGCAGUCGCUGGGCGUCGAAUGCGAUGUCUACGUCAAGGCCGAGCUAUUCAACGCCGGUGGCAGCGUCAAGGACCGGAUAGCCCUCAGGAUGGUCGAGCAGGCCGAGAAGAGCGGCAGGAUAAAGCCGGGCGACACCCUGAUCGAGCCGACAAGUGGUAACACUGGCAUCGGUCUCGCCCUCGUGGGAGCCAUCAAAGGCUACAAGACCAUCAUCACCAUGCCGGAAAAGAUGUCGGCGGAGAAGGUCUCGGUCCUCCGCGCCCUCGGCGCCACCAUCAUCCGCACCCCCAACCAGGCCGCCUGGGACAGCCCCGAGUCUCACAUCGGAGUCGCUCGCCGCCUCGAAAAGGAGAUGCCCAACGCCCACAUCCUCGACCAGUACGGCAACAAGGACAACCCCCUCGCCCACGAGUACGGCACGGCCGAGGAGAUUUGGGAGCAGACCGGUGGCAAGGUGGAUGCCGUCGUCGCCGGCGCCGGCACCGGAGGCACCAUCACCGGCCUGGCCAGGGGCAUCAGGAAGCACAGCCAGGACGUCAAGAUUGUCGCCGCCGAUCCCCAAGGCAGCAUCCUCGCGCUUCCCGACUCCCUCAACCAGGAGCACGUCAACGAGUCUUACCAGGUCGAGGGCAUCGGAUACGACUUUGUCCCAGACGUCCUCGACCGUCAGCUGGUGAACAAGUGGUACAAGACGGAGGACCGGGAGUCGUUCCACCUCGCCAGGCGCCUCAUUUCCGAGGAGGGACUUCUCGUGGGUGGCAGCUCCGGCUCCGCCAUGGCUGCCGCGUUCAAGGCAAUCAAGGAUUUCGGGUUCAAGAAGGGCGAUGUCGUCGUCGUCAUCCUGCCCGACAGCAUCCGAAGCUAUCUGUCCAAGUUUGCCGACGACGACUGGCUGGCCGCCAACGGCCUACUGCCCGUCAACGGCGUCGAGGCCGUCGACAGCGCCGUGGCCCAGACAGCCGGCCACGAAAAGUCGGCCGACCCAUACCGAGGCGCUACGGUCGCGUCUCUCCGUCUGAAGCCCGUCACCUCGGUUGCGGCCGACGCCACCUGCUCCCAGGCCAUUGAGACGAUGCGCGACAAGGGCUUCGACCAGCUGCCCGUGCUCUCCUCGUCCAAACUGGUCGGUCUGGUGACGCUGGGCAACCUGCUCAGCUACAUUUCACGCGGCCGCGCCACGGGCCAGAGCCCCGUUAAGGACGUCAUGUUCGACUUCAGCCGCCUUGACGAGAUUGUCACCGACCUGCGCCAGGGCGCCACGGGCCAGUCGUCGACCGAGCGCAAGAGACGGUUUGUCGAAAUCACAAUGGACACGCCCCUGUCGGCCCUGAGCAGCUUCUUUGAGUGGAACAGCGCUGCCGUGGUGACGGAGAAGAACGGCAACUCCAAGACCUUGUCCAAGCCCAUUGCGGUGGUGACCAAGGUUGACCUGCUCACCUGGAUGGUUAACAGGCGGCAAUGA